AUGCAUGGCUAUAAUAAUAAAAUGUCAGAGUGGAAAGCUCAAUUUUGUGACUGCACACAAGCAUUGCCAGCAUGCUGCAUCUCGUGUCACAGCACAGCGAUUAUGCAAGGAAUUACAGCUUAUGAAAUGGGGAAAGGAAAUGGAUGCAGCGAGUGCUGCCUUGUAUAUUGUCUGGGGUGCAUCGGAGCAGCUAUGAAUAGAAAUGCGGUAAGAGCGAAAUACGGCUUAAGCGGAAACUGCUGCUUGGAUUGCUUACUUUACUGUAUCGGCUGUGGUGUCUGCAUGGCGACUCAAGAAUUCAGAGAAGUUUACCAGAGAAACAACGGUCUAUAA